CCAUCUCUACUCCAGCGUGGUAGCUAUUUACUGCUACUCGGGGAACCUGCUCCCGCCCCACGCACGUGGGGGAAGGUGUCCAUGAAUACCUGACCUUGCUUGAAAGGAUGUAGAACAAUAGAGGUUUUGUGCUCUCACAGCCCUUAAUUCAUUGGAUCCUCAAAACAGCUUGGGCUGCUAACUUUAAAAGAAACGGAUGUGAUAUGCAUUGAAAUUAUUAAAAGCCCAGUUCUCCCAGGCUCUUGAAGACAGAAAGAAAACAUGGAAUCAACAGAAAACAUAGAAAACUUGGAACCAUCACCAGUUUUUAUGAGAAACCUUCCAAUUACACCAGGAUAUGGAGGAUACGUCCCUGUCCGGCUUACCAGAAUGGGUGUGUCUUUCAACAGGGACACCAGCUACUGUGUCAAAAUAUUCAGGAACACAACUCAGAGAUAUAAAGAUCAGCUGAAUGCAUUGAGAUACCACGCAGCCACUGCUGACCAACUAAAAGAAAUCUGUCCCAAGGAACCACUUUUAAGGAUGAUACAUGAUUACUAUGUCCGCCAUCACCCAACUUGCAUAGAAGCCGAUCGUGAGAGGAAGCCUUUACAGGAGCCCCCCAUUCCUGGCUGGUGUGGCCAUUUGCCAAGAGCCAGGGUUACAGAACUGGGUUGUGCUGUGCGUUAUCAUGUGAUGGCAAAACAGUGCUAUGAAGAUUUCCUAAAUAUGAGAGAAACCCGUAAGAGAGGUCCAUUUAAACGAUAUCAGAGACUGAUGGAAAAAGACGAGUCACUUAAAACUUCCCGUGAACUUCCUCAGUCUUCCCAAGAAAAUAAACCAAAAUAUCCAUAUGAAGAUUAUGCGAAAACACCCAAUGAAAAUCAUAGAACCUCUCCAAACCAUGACCAUUCAACACACUUUCAUGGACCCUACAGACCUAAGAAAUACCUUGAACCACUGACCUACAAGGACUCUUCAGGAGGAUUAGGGCACAUGGAACUCUUGUCUUGCUCUUGACUUAAGCAACUUCAGCCCGUUGAAACACAUUUAUGUGCUCAAAAGUCCUGUCUGCUUUGAAAUCCUAAACUUCACACCACUCAUCAGUCUCCAGGACAUAGUCACAAUUAUCUACUAUUCCACCAGAAUCUAUGUAUUCACUGACUGCACAAUGAGUCAUUGGGCAUAAGCAUUCCAUGGUGACCCUAUGAUAAGUGACUAUUAUAUUGAUUAACUUUUAUCUUUUAUUGUGGUGGAAAUAAAAAUACCAUUUCUCUGUGUA